UCUACGUCUGGUUCGGGUUUAAUCCCGAGUCUCCUGCUUUCUCCUCCAUUUCUGGAUUAUCUUCCCCAUUCCUAACCCUAGGUCGACACUAUCCCUCUCGCUCUCCGCCAUAGGUCCGCCAUUCUCGCUGCCUCCACCAUCCCUCUCCCUCUCCUCCGCCACUUUCCCUCUCCCUCUCCCUGUCCCUACCUCCGCCAUAGCAGCAGGUGCAUCCUCCACAGAUGCCACGGACUAGGCAAGUUUGAUCUACUGAGGUUCCACGCCAUUAAUCGAGGCAUGAUGAAACUCCUGAUGAUUGCCACGAAAUUGGUCGUUAGCCUACAUUGAGUGGAGUGUGUGCCAAUUUAUCGUCUUGUCUAUUUGAUGGCAUGGGACAAGGUUGGGCUUUCUCUGUAAUGAUGACUGUGACAAGAAUCCAACAAAGCUAGGCAUGGUGACCUAAUCAGAAUGGGAUCUCUCUAGUGAGUGAUGAAAGAUGAAGAUAUUGUUGCUAAUGAAGCUAUUUAGCAGUGGAUCUUGUCUUCUCAUUGGGUUAAACGGACAUAACUAAAUUUUUGUUCUGGUUUUGCUUGACUGGAUUGGAUCUAGGGUUCAUCAUCCAUCUUCCAGUAGGAGAAAGAUGUCUUCACUAGGAACUUCAAAGGGCAUCCUGGAGAUUGCAAAAUUUGCAGUUUACGUGACUGUUCCGAUCGGUCUCAUGUACUUCUUCGCCAACAAUACGAAGAAUCUGCAGAAAGUCAUGGGCAAUCGUUCAUAUGUAGUGUAUCCGCCCGAGGGGCCAAGACCACAGUCACCGGAGGAACUGAGGGAGAUGGCUCGAGAAAUAGCUCGCCAGAAAAACACACGCUGAUGGAGGUUGUUUCAAGGCAUUUGUAGCAUUACUGGAGCUUUAUCUAUUAGCAGUUAACAAAAGGAAAAUAAUUGUCAAAGUAACGAUGGUGAAUGAAUUAUGUUUCCCAUAUGGAUGGCCACGUUGUAUUGUAUUAAAAUUUCAGUAUAUGUCUUCAAUCUUCA